UUAUGUACCUGAAGAAGAUGCCUUAGCAGACAAUGUAAUAUGGUUUGUGCUUGAGGAGAAGGCUCAAAACAUGGGAACUCAGUGCAUGCUGAAAAUGACAUUCUCUGGCAAACACCAACUACUACACCAGCAUUUGGAAGCAGACCAAGAGGGUACACCUCACGAUCAAAUUCAAGAUCGACACCUGGAGAUGGAUACCAAACCUGUAGAUGAGCUUCAACCAGUAUGCAUAUCAGACAUGUCAAGGAAAAUGGACAAGUUACUUCAAGAGAUGUUAUAUGCAUGGAAACUGUUACCUGCAUCCCUCGAUGGCCGUAAUCUAACCAAGAUACUUCCUCAAUUAAGUUUGUUUUCUCUUCUGAUUGACCACAAG